AUGAUAAAACUAGAGAGCACACUUGUUCUUAAACAUAGGAAAUGUCAAAUUAAAUUAAUUAACUAAUCAUAAUCUAUUAAAAAUAGUUAGAAAAAAAAUGGUAAUUCGAAACCGUACUACAACCAAUAAGAAAAUUAUAAAUAGUUUAAUUUAUUUUACCUUUAGUUUUUUUUUUUAUCUUAUAUCAGAAUAAAUAAGAAUAUCAAUAAAAAAGGCAAGAUUACAGAAUAAAAGGAAAUGCCGAAUAUAUAAUCUCAAAUUAAGCACACUGUAAAUAAUCAUAAAAAAUUGUAAAUAAACAAUUGCAAAAAAAGAAAAUAAGACAUUGAUAUUGUAAUCCAUGCCUUAAAAAAUUUAUAUUUAUUCUUCAUAAUUAUUUGA